CUGCUGCUCGCUCAGGCUGCUCAACACUUUCGAAGAACGUCGAACGAAGAUCGUCGAUCGAAGAACGUCGAUCGAAGAACGUCGUUAAAGUUUAUUUUCCGGAUGUAUGCAAUGUUAACAAGGUAAGUACAUGCAUUGCUUAUUUAAAACAUGUUAUUAUUUUUUUUCGGACGUUGCAACCUAGUCAAGUCAGCCCAAACCUGUGAUAGGCAAGGCUGUUGUAGAUUCCGUGCAAAUCUUCGUAUAUUUUCUCAUAAACUUUCGAAGUUCAUAUUGUUCACAGGGCUCAUUAUUCUUUGUGUCAGUUUGUGUCAGCUUGUGGAAAACAUGAUAGAACAUAAGAUUUUAAAGGUUUUUACUUCCUUACACGAGCCGGUGCUAUGAUGCGAAUUGCGCCAAAAAUUAGUUAUACAAAUUAUCAGGUCAAUUCCGUGAGGACAAAAACGCCGCCGUUGCUUAAUCGGGCCGUUUGCUGUGACCUCGAAAAGUUUCUAGAAAACAAUUUUCAUGAUUCGAACAAAACGGUCUUUUGUUAAAAGGAAGACUGGUUAAUAGAAAUUGGCCUUUUCAGUGACAUAAUCGUUUGUCGUCAUCGAUCCGUGUCGUUGAACAAUGAAAAAAUUUGUCAUGAAAUUAGUGAACUAAGAUAACUUUAGCGGGAACUUUUCGGAUUUGAACUCAGCGUGUUCGAAAGUGUUAGUUCCCGUAAAAAUAUUUCAGUUUCAAGACAUGGGCAAUUUUUAGUCUUGUAAUAUUAUGCGUGUUGGACGCAAACAACAUAAUUAUCUUGUCUACAACUUUACCUAAGGUAUGUACAGAUAAAGCUUUCUAAAAUCCUCAGUUCUGGCUAUAAAAUUAUAAAGUCCUUUGGCUGUAUCUCUGGGCUGAGAAAUAAUUCCUUACAUCUGAUCAAAAUGUUUUAUACAACGAUAUAAAACGGUAAUGUUAUGUAUGGGUCAGCUUUAAAUUUCCAACUGACAGUUUCUGAGAAUGUAAUUCAAGAGGUAACUUAUAUCAUUGCAUUUGAACCAUUAUAUAUCAGUUGGUGUUAUUCUGUGCGAUUAGCGAUUAUUAUUGAGAAGGGCUAGAGCUUUCAUAUAUAUGUUGAAAUCACCAAAUAAACAGCUCAUGCACACAUUUCUCCACUUGGUCUUCGUCCUAUUAAGUUUAUGCUUUGGCACUGAUCUUUGUCUUUGAUGUGAACAUUUAUUCUUCUAGUUUAAAAUUAUUUAAGAAUGAUCCUGUUGAAAGUCUUUCAGUACCAGCAACCCCAUCGACAAUAUUUCAUAUUAGCGUUCGGUCUUUGCUGUCUCGCUGGCUUCGCGUUACUUUUGUUUUAACAAGUAAUCGCAUAGUUCCUCGUAAAAUUAAGGUUUAAUUUCACUUGUGUUUUCAAAUCAAAGAUUCACAAUUUGUGAAACUCAGCUUUGAAAACACGCGUGAAAUUAAACCUUAAUUUUACUCGGCCCCAUGCGAUUACCUAUACUGUCUAUACUAACGCGAUCAAGGUAUUUAAUCAUAUAGAAGGCAAAAUUUAUUCGUAAGUUAAUAGUGAUCUUGUCAAAUUCGUAGUUUUUCUAGUGUUCAAGUUUUCACUAAAAGUUUUUAAUUCUUCAGUAACAUCAUUAUCCGCGACGAAAAGGCGAGAAGCCAUUGUUGUGGGAAAUGGAUUGUGUCAUUUUUUUUAGAUUUUUCUUAAAAGCACUCACAGGUGAAUGAGUUAAAUGCCGUCUUGUUCGUCACUGGUGGUAAAAAAAUGUGAAAUUAAAAAAUUGGAAAAAUUUCGUUUCAACAAAAGCUGCUGCUCGCUCAGGCUGCUCAACACUUUCGAAGAACGUCGAACGAAGAUCGUCGAUCGAAGAACGUCGAUCGAAGAACGUCGUUAAAGUUUAUUUUCCGGAUGUAUGCAAUGUUAACAAGGUAAGUACAUGCAUUGCUUAUUUAAAACAUGUUAUUAUUUUUUUUCGGACGUUGCAACCUAGUCAAGUCAGCCCAAACCUGUGAUAGGCAAGGCUGUUGUAGAUUCCGUGCAAAUCUUCGUAUAUUUUCUCAUAAACUUUCGAAGUUCAUAUUGUUCACAGGGCUCAUUAUUCUUUGUGUCAGUUUGUGUCAGCUUGUGGAAAACAUGAUAGAACAUAAGAUUUUAAAGGUUUUUACUUCCUUACACGAGCCGGUGCUAUGAUGCGAAUUGCGCCAAAAAUUAGUUAUACAAAUUAUCAGGUCAAUUCCGUGAGGACAAAAACGCCGCCGUUGCUUAAUCGGGCCGUUUGCUGUGACCUCGAAAAGUUUCUAGAAAACAAUUUUCAUGAUUCGAACAAAACGGUCUUUUGUUAAAAGGAAGACUGGUUAAUAGAAAUUGGCCUUUUCAGUGACAUAAUCGUUUGUCGUCAUCGAUCCGUGUCGUUGAACAAUGAAAAAAUUUGUCAUGAAAUUAGUGAACUAAGAUAACUUUAGCGGGAACUUUUCGGAUUUGAACUCAGCGUGUUCGAAAGUGUUAGUUCCCGUAAAAAUAUUUCAGUUUCAAGACAUGGGCAAUUUUUAGUCUUGUAAUAUUAUGCGUGUUGGACGCAAACAACAUAAUUAUCUUGUCUACAACUUUACCUAAGGUAUGUACAGAUAAAGCUUUCUAAAAUCCUCAGUUCUGGCUAUAAAAUUAUAAAGUCCUUUGGCUGUAUCUCUGGGCUGAGAAAUAAUUCCUUACAUCUGAUCAAAAUGUUUUAUACAACGAUAUAAAACGGUAAUGUUAUGUAUGGGUCAGCUUUAAAUUUCCAACUGACAGUUUCUGAGAAUGUAAUUCAAGAGGUAACUUAUAUCAUUGCAUUUGAACCAUUAUAUAUCAGUUGGUGUUAUUCUGUGCGAUUAGCGAUUAUUAUUGAGAAGGGCUAGAGCUUUCAUAUAUAUGUUGAAAUCACCAAAUAAACAGCUCAUGCACACAUUUCUCCACUUGGUCUUCGUCCUAUUAAGUUUAUACUUUGGCACUGAUCUUUGUCUUUGAUGUGAACAUUUAUUCUUCUAGUUUAAAAUUAUUUAAGAAUGAUCCUGUUGAAAGUCUUUCAGUACCAGCAACCCCAUCGACAAUAUUUCAUAUUAGCGUUCGGUCUUUGCUGUCUCGCUGGCUUCGCGUUACUUUUGUUUUAACAAGUAAUCGCAUAGUUCCUCGUAAAAUUAAGGUUUAAUUUCACUUGUGUUUUCAAAUCAAAGAUUCACAAUUUGUGAAACUCAGCUUUGAAAACACGCGUGAAAUUAAACCUUAAUUUUACUCGACCCCAUGCGAUUACCUAUACUGUCUAUACUAACGCGAUCAAGGUAUUUAAUCAUAUAGAAGGCAAAAUUUAUUCGUAAGUUAAUAGUGACCUUGUCAAAUUCGUAGUUUUUCUAGUGUUCAAGUUUUCACUAGAAGUUUUUAAUUCUUCAGUAACAUCAUUAUCCGCGACGAAAAGGCGAGAAGCCAUUGUUGUGGGAAAUGGAUUGUGUCAUUUUUUUUAGAUUUUUCUUAAAAGCACUCACAGGUGAAUGAGUUAAAUGCCGUCUUGUUCGUCACUGGUGGUAAAAAAAUGUGAAAUUAAAAAAUUGGAAAAAUUUCGUUUCAACAAAAGCUGCUGCUCGCUCAGGCUGCUCAACACUUUCGAAGAACGUCGAACGAAGAUCGUCGAUCGAAGAACGUCGAUCGAAGAACGUCGUUAAAGUUUAUUUUCCGGAUGUAUGCAAUGUUAACAAGGUAAGUACAUGCAUUGCUUAUUUAAAACAUGUUAUUAUUUUUUUUCGGACGUUGCAACCUAGUCAAGUCAGCCCAAACCUGUGAUAGGCAAGGCUGUUGUAGAUUCCGUGCAAAUCUUCGUAUAUUUUCUCAUAAACUUUCGAAGUUCAUAUUGUUCACAGGGCUCAUUAUUCUUUGUGUCAGUUUGUGUCAGCUUGUGGAAAACAUGAUAGAACAUAAGAUUUUAAAGGUUUUUACUUCCUUACACGAGCCGGUGCUAUGAUGCGAAUUGCGCCAAAAAUUAGUUAUACAAAUUAUCAGGUCAAUUCCGUGAGGACAAAAACGCCGCCGUUGCUUAAUCGGGCCGUUUGCUGUGACCUCGAAAAGUUUCUAGAAAACAAUUUUCAUGAUUCGAACAAAACGGUCUUUUGUUAAAAGGAAGACUGGUUAAUAGAAAUUGGCCUUUUCAGUGACAUAAUCGUUUGUCGUCAUCGAUCCGUGUCGUUGAACAAUGAAAAAAUUUGUCAUGAAAUUAGUGAACUAAGAUAACUUUAGCGGGAACUUUUCGGAUUUGAACUCAGCGUGUUCGAAAGUGUUAGUUCCCGUAAAAAUAUUUCAGUUUCAAGACAUGAGCAAUUUUUAGUCUUGUAAUAUUAUGCGUGUUGGACGCAAACAACAUAAUUAUCUUGUCUACAACUUUACCUAAGGUAUGUACAGAUAAAGCUUUCUAAAAUCCUCAGUUCUGGCUAUAAAAUUAUAAAGUCCUUUGGCUGUAUCUCUGGGCUGAGAAAUAAUUCCUUACAUCUGAUCAAAAUGUUUUAUACAACGAUAUAAAACGGCAAUGUUAUGUAUGGGUCAGCUUUAAAUUUCCAACUGACAGUUUCUGAGAAUGUAAUUCAAGAGGUAACUUAUAUCAUUGCAUUUGAACCAUUAUAUAUCAGUUGAUAUUAUACCUCAAAUUCAAAUUGUCCAAUCAAGAAGCUUAGUUUGUGCCACGUGAGCAUGAAAUUAAUCGCGAUAUCACGCCUUACGUCAUCAAUUAGCGAGCCUGCGUUCCUUUUGACAAUGUUCCCAGGGUGGAACAUUAUUCGCGUAGACCGCGCGGGACAACACGAAUGACAACAAGAUGGCCGACAAAAUUUAAUUAUUGUUGAUGAGUGAUGAAUAAUCAAAUUUUAAACGUAAAACCUGGGGCGUUUUCAAAAUUUUGAAGCAAAUUUUGAAAAAUGUUGUCAUUAAUAUUCCAAACGAUAUGUGAUUCGAAAGAAAAUCGACGAAUACUUGCGUUAAUCCGAAAAUAAAACAUCGUAUUCACGAAGGUAUGUGUCAAGUUUUUAAUUCUCAACUUGGAGGCUUUUAAUUUUCGGUAUAAUAUAUCAUUUAUAGACCCUCCGCUUGGGGGAUUCGGCGAAAUAUUACCCUCAGUGAUGAUAUUUCCCUCGGGGCAAAGCCCCUCGGAAAAUUAUAUCACUUCGGGUAAUAUUUCGCCGAAUCCCCCUCGCUCCAGGUCUAUAAAUGAUAAGUGUUAUACUGUGCGAUUAGCGAUUAUUAUUGGGAAGGGCUAGGGCUUUCAUAUAUGUUGAAAUCACCAAAUAAACAGCUCAUGCACACAUUUCUCCACUUCGUCCUAUUAAGUUUAUACUUUGGCACUGAUCUUUGUCUUUGAUGUGAACAUUUAUUCUUCUAGUUUAAGAUUAUUUAAGAGUGAUCCUGUUGAAAGUCUUUCAGUACCAGCAACCCAUCGACAAUAUUUCAUAUUAGCGUUCGGUCUUUGCUGUCUCGCUGGCUUCGCGUUACUUUUGUUUUAAAUACCUUAAUCGCGUUAGUAUAGACAGUAUAGGUAAUCGCAUGGGGCCGAGUAAAAUUAAGGUUUAAUUUCACGCGUGUUUUCAAAGCUGAGUUUCACAAAUUGUGAAUCUUUGAUUUGAAAACACAAGUGAAAAUAAACCUUAAUUUUACGAGGAACUAUGCGAUUACUUGUUAAUCAUAUAGAAGGCAAAAUUUAUUCGUAAGUUAAUAGUGACCUUGUCAAAUUCGUAGUUUUUCUAGUGUUCAAGUUUUCACUAGAAGUUUUUAAUUCUUCAGUAACAUCAUUAUCCGCGACGAAAAGGCGAGAAGCCAUUGUUUUUAUUGCUAUUUAAAACAAAAGCUAAGCUUGCGUCUCAGCCAAUCAGGUACAAGUAAUUUUGCCCUGAAUUAAGAAAAAAUGCCCUCCUCAUUAGCCAACCAUAUUUGAGUAAUUUUUCCCUUUAUAUGAUUAAAAGAGUUAUUUCUCAGCCCAGAGACAUAGCCAAAACUGAGGAUUUUAGAAAGCUCUAUCUGUACCUUCUCAAAGUUGUAGACAUGAUAUGACUAAUGUUGUUUAUACGUCCAACACUAUAAUAUUACAUAACUCAAAAUGAUUCGAGCAAAACUGGUCUUUUGUUAAAAGGAAGACUGGUUAAUAGAAAUUGAUCUUUUUGAGUGACAUAAUCGUUUGUCGUCAUCGAUCCGUGCAGGUCAUUGAACAAUGAAAAAAGUUGUCGUGAAAUUAGUGAAAAUAAAAUUGCAGUUUGUAAGAAAACUGCAGGUUUUGAACUCAGCGUGUUCGACAGUGUUAGUUCCCGUAAAAAUAUUUCAGUUCCAAGACAUGGGAAAUGAAAGUGAACGAUAACGGAACGCAGCAAACGGCUUAUAAGCUCACUAUUUACAGUUGAAAUCAGCAAGUCAAUUUGGGGCAUUAAUUAUUCCAUACUGAUUGAUUUUUCAGAGGUCUCUCAUUGGUCGUGGCAGUUUUCCUUCUACCAUUUUUGGGGCGAAACUUUCUAACACAAGCAUUGUACGAAGUCCGUUUCGACCAGGCCAAAGAGGAUUAUGGUCUAGCCGACAAUGAAGUGUUUCUUGAUUUGUCCCGGACGCCUCGUGUUCAAUGUUUUUACCACUGUUCAAUGGAUUGCCGUUGCUCGUCUUUCCAAAUGUUUAAGGAUACGGACUGUCAACUACUGUCGUCAUCACGGGCUGAAGUGACGCUACAGCGCAUGUCUGGAUACACUUAUUAUGACAUGAUACCUUGGCAGGUAAUAAUUACGUUUUUCUAAUCGGUUUCGUGGCAACACGAAAACAAGACUAUUCAGUCGACUUUGGUUUCACUGACCUUCAGGGCCAUUUUUAAGGCCUUUAGCUUUAAGGAUUUGUCAGUUAGUGAGGGGGCAUCUACUGAAAGGGGCAAUAAUAUACUGAUGUGUAGAAAUAAGAGACGGUUGGUGAUGACAAAAUGUUUGGUGUGGUGUCGUGUGAUAGUAUAGGGGUUUAGGGGCAUUUCCCCCCAGAAACGUUUUCUUAUUUUUCCACCCCUAGGACUGCAGGACUGCAUUUCUUGCGUUUUCUGAAACACAUUUUUGGAUAUACAGCAUUACAUGUUUAUGUAAAUACCACAACUCGGUCACUAACUUGUUUAGCCUAGCCUUCCAACAACUCAAAUUUAUAGGGUCUGGGAUAUGCUAUCCACUGGAAAAUUUUUAAGAUCUAAGCUAUUUACUACACAAUGUUUAGCAUUUCUAAAAAGCCAUUAAAUCAUCCAAUUCAUUUGAAGAUGACAUAAGAUUCACAAAGCAAGGUUCAGAACUAGAAUAUCAAACCUCCCUUCUUUAACAUUCUAUUUUUCUUUCAUUGUUUUGCUUAUAUAUUGGAGAAAAGGGAUCUUGACUCGUUGGGCCAUGAACAUUGUCGUGGUAAAUGACGUCAUAGUUCUUUUUCUUAUUCCACAGGGAACAAGUUGUCCCAUAGAUUGUUGCAAGCAAAACCCAUGUCUCCACGGAGGGGCUUGUAAACCUCCGACCGAUGAUCCCACGAUCCGUUUCCGAUGUCUCUGUCGUAAAGGCUACGGCGGCAAGCGAUGCCAGUAUCGAAUCGGUUGCCCAGGUUAUUUGGACAUUGUGACAUCUCGCGCAAACGGGAUUUACACAUUGGUUAACCCUAACACAAGAGAACCUUUUCAGGUACGAGAAGUAAUCUGUCACAACGAGGAGUUUUCAACUGGAAGUCAAAGUGUGCUGAAAAGCGAGGCACUAAGCUGCACUAGCCAACAUAACUUCUCUAUUAUGUACCUGUGUCUAAAGUACAUAUCAAACGAAAUUUUUUAUUUAUAA